AUGCAGGAACAUCUUCAAUUACCUCUUGCCAAGAUCCGGCUCAUCACCAGAAAUUUCAACAGGGAUCAUCUAAUCGGAGAAGGUGGCUUUGGAGAAGUUUACAAAGGCGCCUUGGGUGACAAGUUGGUGGCGGUGAAGCGUCUAAAGCAGCCCGAGACUAAUAAGACACUAAUACUAAGUAGGAAGGGGUUCAUGAGGGAGAUCGAAGUACUAACUAAACUCCGGCAUCGUAAUAUAGUCACUCUGAUUGGAUGGUGCAGUGAGCAGGAGGAGAUGAUUCUGGUGUACGAGUACAUUCUGAAUGGAACGCUUGCCGAUCACCUUUAUGGGCCGGCGAGCAACAGAAACCCGCUGACGUGGACCGAACGGCUCAAUAUCUGCAUUGGAGCAUGUCAAGGUCUUCACCAUCUUCACAAUACCUGCCCCGGAAACUCAGUAAUUAUACAUGGCGACGUGAAGAGCUCGAACAUUCUUCUAGAUGAAAAUUUAGUGGCUAAGGUUUCUGAUUUUGGGUCGGCCAAACAAAUUGAUGUGGAUGUCUCCGAGACCAUCGACAGCACGGCUGGCACGUUCUCGCCUGGGUAUCUUGAUCCCCAUGUUUGGACCACGGGUAAGUAUACUACGGCUAGUGACGUCUAUGCUUUUGCAGUGUUGAUGGUGGAAGCAUUGUCUGGGAAAAGAGCAUGUGAAGAGAGCCAUCCCCAAAAAGAAUGUAAACUGUCUGACUGGGCUAUUGGAAAAAUUCGUAAUCAAAAAGGUGAGGAGAUUGGAUCGUUGAAAGAUGCUUGGAUGAAGUUCCAGAGAAACGACUGGAAUUUACUGAGGUUCUGUGUCUGCUUAUAA